AAAAAAAACAAUGUCGAACCAGACGCCUUCCUUCGUCAAAGUUUUGGCUGGAUGUUCAUCCAUGAAGCUGCUGAGAAUUCCAGAGUCAUUCAUCAACCAAUUCGGCCAAGUUUUGUACGGGAAAGUUAUUUUCAAGUCCAGCACGGGGAAUCCUGCCGUUGUCUCCGUGGAAAGAGGAAGCAAUGGAUGUUUCUUCGGAACUGGAUGGCCAUCUUUUGUCAAGGACAACGGUCUUCACCAAGGCGACUAUCUGGUUUUCAACUUCACCGGGCACAGAACCGUCAAAGUUGUCGUUUACGACCCAACUGGCUGCGUCAAGAGAAAUGCUGAAGUUCAGACCAGCGAUCCUGAGUCGAGGCCACGAGAAGCUCCAAUUAAGACAGAGUCAGAAGAAGGGUAUUCCUCCGGCGAUGCUCCUCGAGGUUCGGCUGCUUGCUUCCAAGUGGUUUACAAGAAGUACAUGAACCAUAGUGUGUGCAUUCCACUGAGAUUUUGUAAAAUCGCGCGGCUGGAAAUGAAGAACAGUGCCCAACUUCAGGAUCCAAGCGGGAAAGUUUGGCCAGUAACAAUUAUCUCCGGAGGCAAGGGACCAAUGAAACGGUUCGGUGGUGGUUGGCUUGCCUUCGCUGCCGCUAAUGGCGUCGCUGUUGGAGAUAGAAUCGAGUUCCGUUACAAGUCUGAAUCGGGUGUCUUCCAGGUUUACAGAGGAAACGAGGAGCUACAACGAAGGCAAAGUUCAGAAAAGGCCAUUCUUCUGGCAACAAGACUCCUCCAGUGCAUGCCGGUGAGAUUUUCCGAAGCCACGAAGCUGUCACUGAAGAAAACUGUUCAACUUCAGGACCCAAGUGGGAAAUUGUGGGCAAUUUCUGUAAUCUCGGUAGGGAAGGGGCUUAAGAGACGGUUCAGUGCUGGCUGGCGUGCCUUGGCUGCUGCGAACCGCAUGGCUGUCGGAGACAGAAUCGAGUUCAGUUACAGGCCCGAAUCGGGUUUGAUCCAGGUGAAGAUACAUAGAGAAAGGUGUAAUGCUGGCAAGGAUCCUGAAGUUGGGAGGAAACGGCCGUGGAAGAGAAGUGGUUUUUUGUCGAUCUUGAAAGGAUCAUAGUGCUUGAUUGAGAAGUUCAUGAGAGGAAGCAAAUAUCUCUUUGAUGUAAUUCUGCAGACUGGUUGUUAUGGCUUUCAUAAUUCGUGUGUGUUGUAG